AUGGAAGCAUCAAGAAUUCAUGGUGUUUAUCACACAAUGAAAAGAUCAUUGGAAAUUGAACCAAAUAAUGCAGAAGCAUUAAGAAUUCGGGGCGGUACUUAUCAUGCUUGUCGAAUGACGAAUAGAUAUGAAGAAUCACAUGCAGAUUUAAAUAAAACAUUAGAAUUUGAACCAAAUAAUGCAUUUGCAUUGGGAAUUCUUGGAGAUACUUACGCAUUAAAAAUUCGCGGUGAUGCUUUGAUUCGUGGAAAUACUCUCAGUAUGGCGAAAGGAUAUGAACAAUCACUCGCUUGUUUGGAUAAAUCAUUAAAAAUUGAACCAAAGAAUAUCGGAUUCAGGGUCAACCACGAAAGGUUAUUCUCGCCCAGACUUCGUGUGCCGAAUAAACAACGUCCUAUUCCUCAAAGGUGGAGAAAAGGCAGAUGUGGAAAUUUUGGAAGGGCUUUGAAAGAUCUUGAGGAUAAAUUCAAUAGAAUCGAUCCUCUCACUCUUGGAGUGGAUUAUAUUAUUUGCUAUGCUGCAACCGGGUGCAAAUUACGGUUUUAUGGAAUUGUGGAAAAUGCAAUGUCCCGAGCCGCCUAG